UUCUUUUUUUAUUGUCUAUGGCCGUCCGAGUUUGCGUCACACAACAAAAACAUUGGAGGUUAUAAAAUAUAAUUUAAGAAGUACAUAUUUCCAACUUCCAAAAUAUUUUCCAACUUAAACAUGCCUGAAGUGGAGGUGAAAAGAAAAGCGGACGACAUGUCCGUAGUUCCAGCCAAACGUACACGCACCGAGAUCUCCGUUGUUGGAACUCGGGAGAAAGCCGUAGUAACUUCUACUGUGCCUCGUACUUCAAACUUGUAUGCACCUAUUAUGUUACUGGAAGGGCACCAGGGUGAAGUGUUUACAUCAAAGUUCCACCCUGAAGGUAAACACUUGGCUUCGGGAGGAUUUGACCGACAAAUAUUCCUAUGGAAUGUCUACGGCCAGUGUGAGAAUGUAAUGGUGAUGAAAGGCCACACGGGUGCCAUCAUGGAGUUAUGCUUCUCUCCGGACGGUGCCCACCUAUAUUCCUGUGCUACAGAUAAUACAGUUGCUGUGUGGGAUGUCCCCACUGGAACCAGGAUCAAGAAACUUAAGGGGCAUGCCAGUUUUGUUAAUUCUGUCUCAGGAGCAAGAAGAGGUCCAGAAUUAUUAGUAUCAGCAUCAGAUGACAACACCAUAAAGCUAUGGGAUGCAAGAAAGCGGAACCCCAUAGCAUCAUUUGACAGUGGAUACCCUGUGACAUCAGUUCUCUUCAAUGAUACAGCAGAAAAGAUCAUUUCUGGAGGCAUUGAUAAUGUUGUCAAAGUAUGGGAUAUCAGGAACAAUCAGAUCUCAUACAAAAUUAAAGGCCAUACAGAUACUAUAACAGGCAUGGCAUUGUCAUAUGACGGGUCUUACCUGCUAUCAAACUCGAUGGACAACACGCUGCGGAUAUGGGAUGUGCGACCAUUUGCACCAUCAGAACGCUGUGUCAAGUUAAUGUCUGGCCAUCAGCAUAACUUCGAGAAGAAUUUGUUACGCUGUGCAUGGUCACAUGAUGGUUCAAAGGUGGCAGCAGGAUCGGCAGACCGUUUCCUCUACAUAUGGGACACGACAUCGCGCCGAGUACUCUACAAGCUGCCGGGACACAAUGGCUCCGUCAAUGACAUAGACUUCCAUAGAACAGAGCCCAUCGUCUUGUCAGCUUCCAGCGACAAACAGCUUUAUUUAGGAGAAAUUGACAAUUGAGACUUAUGAUAGUGAUUGUGCUGUGGUAUCAAUGUGUUGAUGCGUGUGGAGACUAUUAUUUUAAGCCAAUUCUUUAAGAGUUAAUAAGAUGCCUCGACAAAAGGAAACUAUGUAUGUUUUUAUGUCCUACAACAGAUAUCUGCCAGAUUAAUGGCAAAUAAAUGGUACUUUGUUUUGCCAUUUUAAAUAUUUUGUAAAAACUGAGUAUAGAACUUAAAUAAGUUAAUAAAAUGACCAUCUAAUUAAAA